AUGUCAACGACUCCUCCUCCACACGAGUCGGAUCUUCCUGUUCCGACGUACUCUGCCACCGAUGAUGGCGACCUCCUGAAUAGAAUUGAGCGCGCGUCCGCCGUCGAGUUUCCCAUCCUCCAUUCGCCCAUUGCGAAAACUACGAAUCUCCAGCGCCUGACUUCCGACUCGGACUGGACGAGUUACCACGAAGCGUACCGUCUCGAGAGGGAUAUCGUCGACUCCUUCUUCACCUCGAUCGAAAACGGUCACGAUGAUCUUGUUGCCGAGUUUAUAUCGCGCGGAUGGGUUUCUCCAGAUACGACGAGUCGCGCUCACGAGACUCCCCUCCUCGCUGCCGUGCGCGCGGGAAGAACGCCCAUGGUGAGCCGGCUUGUCGCACUCGGCGCAACAGUCAAUGCCUUUGGCCGUCCCGAUACCUCGAAAACCCUGAGCGAUGACGAACGACCCGAGCGCACACCGCUGAUGCUUGCCGCGGAACGAGGUCACUUAGCACUGGUCAAGGUUCUCAUGAAGGACUACGGAGCUGACGAUAGCUUGAUCGCGCCCGAUGGUGCUAUCGCUCUUCGUCUAGCUGCUAUCAACGGUCAUCGCGAGAUCGUCGACUUCCUCCCCGCUCGUCGCGGCGGCGCAUGGCUCCGCUGGAAGACGGCGCAUCACAAACAGAUGGAGCGUAUUCGCCGCGCAUGGAAGCGUCUCGGUCACUUCCUCAAGGUUCUCUUCUGGGAUUGCCCCGUUCUUCUCGUGUACGAGCUACCUAAGGAAGUCGGCAAGGGGAUCUGGAAACGCCGACAUCGGAUGGCUGCCGCUUGCAAGCGUAUGGCGAAAGAAUUGCCUGCCAAGAUCGUGAAGAAGGUUGUCGAACUGCCAGGCAACAUCAAGCGCUGUGGCAAGGCUGUCUGGGAGGGCAUCAAGGAGAUCCCACCCAUUCUGAAGGCCAUCGCCGUCGCCAUCUGGAAGACGAUCAAGGCGAUCCCUGGCGCUGUCAUGGUCUUCCUCAAAUGGAUCGGUCGAGGCUUCAAGCGCAUAGGCGAAGCCAUCAUCGAUGUCUUUUCACGCCUGCUCUCCCUCCUACACACAGCCACCAUGGCCGUUGUAUCCUUCUUCCGCAACAUCACGCUCCAGGAUAUCUGGGAUGGCUUCUGCUUCCUCGCCCGCGCCAUCGUUGUCGACGCACCCAAGGCCAUCGGUGCGUUCAUCAUGUCGUUCGGGCAGAUGACUUAUGACAUGCUAAAGGCGCUGUUUGGUACCCUGGGUAAGUGCAUUUGGUAUAUGGGCGCUGGCAUUCUGUGGUUGAUCCAGUAUAUUCCGCACCGGAUCUGGACCAUCUUUGAGGCCAUGGGCACGUCCAUAGUGCGGGCUUACCAGGAGACGAUGUCGUAUCUGAACCCGAAGCGGAUGUAA